AUUUACUACAAAGCACUUGAGGGCGCAUGAACGGGGGAGCAGAGAGUUGCUGCAGGAUCUUUCUGCUCAAACCGAGGUUUUUCCCUGCAGUCCCAGCGCUCUUGUUGCUCACCUUGGGGAACAUGACACCUCCCGGACGGAAGGGACUGAGCAGCACAUUCAGGUGGAAAAAGCCAUCCCCCACCCUGGCUAUAACGCACGCAGUGCUGACAACGAUUUCAUGUUGAUCAAACUCGCCCACCCAGUCAAUUUCAAUGCCUUUGUCCAGCCCGUUGAAGUUUCCCAAAGCUGCCCUGUGCCAGGAGAGAACUGCCUUGUCUCAGGCUGGGGGAACACUCUGACAUCUGGAGUUAAGUACCCAGACAAGUUGCAGUGCCUGAACCUGCCCAUCCUGUCAUCUUCUACCUGCCACGCUUCCUAUCCUGGCCGCAUCACUUCUAACAUGUUCUGUGCUGGCUUCUUAGAGGGUGGCAAAGACUCUUGUCAGGGAGACUCUGGUGGGCCGCUGGUGUGUGAUGGAAAACUGACCGGUGUUGUAUCCUGGGGUUAUGGAUGCGCCCAGAAAAACUUGCCUGGAGUGUACGCACCUGUGUGCAAUUACAAUGCCUGGAUCAAAGAGGUGCUUGCAAACAACUGAGAUACUGAAGGAUUUGGUGCAAGAAAAAAGGGACGCCUCAUCUAGGAAAAAUGCCACCAUCAGAUCUUGCCUGGAACAAAACAGACUUCUGCUACAAUUAGAAAAUGAAAGCAGAUGCCACAAAAAAAACCACCAUCAUCCUUUGGCCAUAUCUACAGUCCAAUCCUUGAGAAAUAUAGUUUUGUGAAGUUGCUAAGAAUCCAUAACCUCCCGCACAGCUCAGGGUAUCUUGCUGUAGUUCUUAGCACCCUCACAAAACAACAAUUCCCAAGAUUCUUUGUGGAUGAAGCCAUAGCAGUUCAACUGAAAUGAACUCAUGGGAGAACACUAAAGGAAAGGGCAUCCCGCACUUUUUGUGCGAGUCGUUUCCGACUCUUAGUGUGACGUCUUGCGACGUUUACUAGG